CGAAUUUUCGAAUUUCGAUCGAUAUUUUGAAUUAAACUAAUAAAAUUAUGCUAUUUGGAACAGUAUUCCAUUUUAACCAUAUUUAAAUUGUUUUAAAAUACCUAAGAGAAAUUGGUGUUUUAGAAUUAUAAUGGAUGUAGUGUAGUGCAUUUGAUUUUAUUUAUUAAUUUUACUUUAGAUGGGUUGUUUUACUGCGAAUAGUGAAAAUGGAUUUGUCUCCCGACGAGGAAUGCUUUCAGGGUCGUCUUCUACAUCAGGCGGCGCUGUGGGACAACCUGGAGCUGCUGCAGGAGCUGGUGGCGGGCGGCGCGCAGCUGGACGCGCGCGACUCGCAGCAGCGCACGGCCCUGCACGCGGCGGCGCUGGCGGAGCGCAGCCGCUGCCUGCGCGCGCUGUGCGCGGCCGGCGCCGACGUGCACGCGCGCUCCGACGAGCACUCGGGCGCCAAGACAGCGCUGCACAUCGCCGCCGAGCGCGGGCACGCAGAGAACGUGCGCGCGCUGCUCGGUGCGGGCGCUGCUGUCGGCGCGCUGAGCGGCGCCGGCGACACGCCGCUGGCGCUGGCCGAGCGCGGCCGGCACCGCCACGCGGCGCUGGCUCUCCGGGAGGCUAGGGACGCGUUGGACAGGGAGCGCCUCUCGCAGCACAGCCAGCUGCGCGAGCUGGUGACACGUGGGGACGCCAGCGUGCUGGUCGCCCGGCUCGACAGCCUGGGUGCUGCCGCUGGCAUCGUCGCCAACCUGACCCCAGGAGGCGCCAACACCUUGCUAUACGUCGCGUCGGAGUUGGGCGCGCGCGCGGCGGUGGCGGCGCUGGUGGCGGCGGGCGCGGACGGGCGCGCGCACCCCGUCACGCGCUACGGCCCGCUGUACAUAGCGUGCUACCACGGUCACGCCGACAUCGCGCGGCUGCUGCUCGAGCGCUUCCCUGAGGCGGUGCAGCAAGAGACAGUGGAGAAAUGGCUGCCACUGCACGCGGCGUGCAUCGGAGGCCACCCGGCGCUGGUCACCUUGCUCCUAGACUAUCCGUACCCCGAGCACAUACUCAGUGUCUACACGGACGUGACCGGCAAAUGGCAGUACCGUUUCGCGUUUGACGUGAACGCGCGCGACGCGAGCGGUCAGACCGCUCUGUACGUCGCUUGCACGCUCGGCAACGCCGCCGUUGUAGACGCUCUACUGUCUCACACCGUGCCUGUUUACCAGACUGAGAGCGAGGAACAGCCCCCGGCGGUGGUCAGUCCGCAGCGCGCCGGCAUCUCGCUCGGCAUACAUGCAAUCGUCAGCAAACUGACUGGAAGCAAACCGAGUGCAUCGGAGCCGACGGUGCGUCGCGUGCGAGCGGUGCGCCUGGAGGCGGCGCGCGGCGCGGACAGCUGCGUGGCGUGCGCCGCGCGGCUCAACCACGUGCGCGUGCUGCGCAGGCUGCUGGACGCGGGGGCCAGGGCGGACGCGACCGCCGCGCCGCCGCACCAGGAGGCGGGCGGGGAGAGCAGUCGCGAGGUGCGGCGCCGCUCGCGCAGCGCGUCCGUGUCCCGCAGCCGCGCGUCCGCGUCCCCCUCCCCCGCGCGCGCCAGCUACGGCGAUGACCGUGAUGGUCCCUGGACGGCGCUGGCGAUUGCCGCGCGAGCCAAGAACGUGCAAGUGGUGGAGAUCCUGUUGGCGGCCUGCGCGAGCGACCCCGGCGGACGGGCGCUGAGAGAGUGCGCGCGCCAUGGGCUCGCGGAGCUGAUGGCUGCUCUGCUGGCAACCAAGGCGUAUCCGGACCCCGAUUACAAGAUCAACAAGUCGGUGGUGUCGGCGGCGGUGCUGAGCGCGCGCGACGCCGACCCCGCGCUGUCGUACAGCGCGCGCUGCCCGACCACCGCCGUCAUGGUUAACUGGCGAGAGCUGCGCUGCCAGCUCGCGCAGAUCAAGAUGAGUUGGAUCCGCGCGGCAGCUUUGCGUGUCAACCCGCGCGUGUCGGCGGCGUCCAGCGCGGCGCUGGCGCUGACCAGGCUGGAGAUCGCCAACAACGAGCUGAGGCUGCUGCCGAGGGAGCUGUUCUCUAUGCUGAGUCUGAGAUAUCUGAACGCAGCACAGAACAAGUUAGAACGUCUGCCCACGGCGGAGGACCCUUUCGAGGAGGAAGCAGAGAACAGGAGGAGUAAGAGCAAGAAACACAAGAGAAACACAGAAGUUUAUACUGCGCCGGUGCUUCAAGAGCUUUAUCUACAGGACAAUCGUCUUGAGGAGUUGCCACCAGAGUUGUUCUCUCUUCCUGCGCUGACGAGUCUGGACGUGUCAAACAACAAGCUACGCGCGCUGCCGCCGCAGAUGUGGCAGGCGCCGGUGCUGAGGGACCUCAACGCCGCUCUCAACCACCUGCGAGAACUUCCCACUGGGGAUGAGGGUUUGAGUGAUAGCCAGUCAGCCUCAUCACCGUGCGAGUCAUCACCCAACGCAUCUCCCUCUCUUUCAUCACCGCCGUUCGCGUUUGAUCAAUCCAAAUCAUCAUCCAGGAGUCCGUCCAUCGAAGUCAGCGAGUCAUCACCGGACGAUGGCGACGACGUCCCCACACUGGGCAACCGCGCGGGAAACGCCGUUUGGUCGGAGGCGAGACGCGCGCACGCGUGGCGCGGGGCGCGCGCGUCGUCGCCAGUGCGAGCGGGCGCGGGCGCUGGUGCGGGCGCGGAGGCGGGCGCGGGCGGCGCGCUGUCGUCGCUCAACCUGGCGCACAACCAGUUCUCGUGCGUGCCGGCGCCGCUGGCGUGUCGAGCGCCCGCACUCACUCGGCUCAACAUGGCUUACAACAAUCUGAGAUCGAUGUCGUUCGUGACGUCAUACCCCACCAGCCUCCGCCAGCUGGACCUGAGCCACAACGAGAUCACCUGCUGGCCCAGUCUACCGCAGGUGGAGAACUUUGGUUCAUCGGAGGGGGACCCCCUAGCGUGCUACUGCCCCAGCAAGUGUGCGCGCGCGAGACCUCGCUCCAGCGGCUCGGUGCGCUCGCAGCUGCUGAGCGCCGCGUGCCCCGCGCGCAGGCACCUGCGCCUCGAGGGGCUGCGCACUCUGAUCCUAGCGAACAACAUGCUAAGUCGCAUACAACUGACCACCGACGAUGACGGACUGGUCCCGGCCAGCGAGCCGGACGGUGACGAGAACGAUGACGAAUGGAGCAGCCGCGGUUCCCUCAAGGCAAGGUUGCUGUUCCCGCUGCUGUCGAUGCUCGACGUGUCCAGCAACCUGCUGCGCGCCGUGCCGCCGGCGCUGCAUCUGCUGGCCAACCUGUCCGUGCUCAACCUCAGCGGGAACAAAGAUAUAACCGAUCUGCCGCCACAAAUGGGCCUGCUGACGCGGCUGUGGAACCUCAACACGGUGGGCUGCUCGCUGCAGGAGCCGCUGCGCUCGGUGGUGCGCGGCGGGCGCUGCCGCAGCGUCGACGUCGUGGGCUACCUGCGCUCCGUGCUGCAGGAGGCGAAGCCCUACGCGCGGAUGAAGCUGAUGAUCGUCGGCGUGCAGGGCAUUGGCAAGACGAGCUUGUUGGAGUGCUUGCGCCAGGAAUCCGCCAUACAGCAUCGGAGGAAGCCUACAGAGCAUUGGGCGAAGCGAAUGGGCAACAAGUCGUCGCGGCGCGGCGUGUCCACCGUGGGCGUGGACAUCGGCGCGUGGGUGUACGAGCCGCAGCGCUCCGCGCGCGGGCCCGUCACCUUCCGCACGUGGGACUUCGGCGGGCAGCAGGAAUACUACGCCACGCACCAGUACUUCUUGUCGAAGCGCUCCCUCUACCUCGUGGUGUGGAAGGUCUCGGACGGCCGGAAGGGGCUGGCGGCAGCUUUGCAGUGGCUCAGGUCCAUACAAGCUCGCGCGCCGGGUUCGCCCGUCAUCAUGGUCGCUACACACUACGACCAAGUGGCUCAUAGCACGGUGAGCUCCAACGAGAGCCCGGUGGCGCUGCAGCGGCUGAUCCGCGGCGCUGUCAUGGCGGCGCCCGACGCUGACAAGCUCGGCCUGCCGCGCGUGUUGGACUCUAUUGAGGUGUCGUGCAGUACUCGACAUAACAUAAAGCUGCUCGCUGACAUCAUCUACUCAGUCGCGUUCAGUGUCAAGCCGCCUGGCAGCAAAGAACCCCUACUCGAGCAGCGCGUCCCAGCGACGUACCUGGCUCUAGAAGAGUGCGUGCAUAGUCUCGCAGCUGACCUCAAGGAGCCGGUCUUGAGGCACGACCAAUAUAGACGACUGGUAACGCAGUAUAUGCAACAGAGGAACCUGCGAAUGUUUCGGGAUGCGGCAGAACUGCACCAGGCGUCCAUGUUCUUGCACGAAAACGGCGUGCUGCUCCACUACGACGACGCGACGCUCAAGGAGCUGUACUUCUUGCGCCCGCAGUGGCUCUGCGACGUGCUCGCUCACGUCGUCACCGUCCGCGAGAUCAACCCCUUCGCCAACAACGGUAUAAUGAAGGUGGACGACCUGGCGCACGUGUUCAAGGCGUCGCCGGUGCUGGGCGGCGGCGAGGAGGCGCGCUCGCUGGGCGUGUCGCUGCUCAACAAGUUCGAGCUGGCGCUGUGCUGGGACGCGCGCUCGCUGCUGGUGCCGCCGCUGCUGCCCGACGCGGAGCCCGAGCGGCCGCAGUUGGCGCUGAAGUCGCGCGCGUGGCCGGGCACGCCGCGCCGCGCCGCCGGCUCGCUGUCCGCGCUGGCCGAGCCCGCGCGCGGCACUGACUCGCCGCUGCUCAUACAGGAGAGUUCAGGCGCUAUAGCGGUGUCGUCGCGCGCGAGCGGGCGCAGCAUCAGGCGCCUGUUGCUGCUGUCGUACGUACCCCGCGGGUUCUGGGCGCGGCUGUGCGCGCGCGUGCUGGCCGACCCAGCGCUGGCGCUGCACUCUCCCAACUUGUACACUGCGCCGAGAGAGAUGGAGAUCGACGACAACGUGGUGAAGGCGCUCGAGUUGAAUUGGUGCUGGAAGCUGUGGAAGACGGGCCUCAAGCUGGUGUGCGGGCCGCUGACGCUGCUGGCGCUGCGCGAGCUGCCGCCGCGCUACGACCCGCUGCUGGGGGCCGUGGGCGACGAGGACGAGCCCGAUGAGCUGUACCACGCCAUACGAUUCCGCGUACGUCAGGAAGGCGUGUGGUGCGAGCUGGACGUGCAGUCGUCUGCGUGCGUGGAGGUGCUGCUGCCCGCUGAGGUGUGCAUUGUCAAGAGAGAGGACGGCCUGCCCAUCGGAGGCUGUCAGAGCAUAAGCCUAGAGCCAAACCCUGAAGUGCUAACCAAGGUGCUGGCGCUAAUAUCCGACCACGUGGACCUGCUGCUGGAGGAUUGGUACCCGUCCCUUGGUACCCGCUUCGUCCACACGUCGGAGGGUAGAUGCCUGAUAACGCGCGUGGCGCCGUGCCCUGCUUGCCUGCGCGACUUCCAGUCUAACGCGGACCACGAGCCCCACGACCACCACCACCACGACCACGAAAAGCAGCUGGCGCAGGUGUUCCGACGCUUAGAACUCGGAAACGCAGAACCGCGGCGCCUGCGGCUGUCAGAGGAGUCUCGCGCGUCCGAUGGAGACAGUGGCGUCGGCGCAGAGUCAAAUACAUCGUCCCGAAUGGGUUCGACGGAGGGCGUCUGCAACGGCAACUGCUUCGUGGCGACUUGCUGGACGCUGGAGGAGUGCGUGCUGGCGGCGUGCACCACCGCGCCGCUGCGCUGUCCGCACCACGCGGACGUGCAGCUGGCGGACGUCGCGCCGGACACGCUGCUGCUCGACGUGGAGGAGCACCGGCGCGCGCGCUGGGAGCACGUGUGGUGCGGCGCGCUGGCGGGGCGCGGCGCCUUCGGCACGGUGCUGACGGGCGCGUGGCGGCGCCCGGGGGCCAAGCCCGAGCCUGUCGCAGUGAAGGCGCUGCAGCCGGUUGCGCCGCCCUCGGCUCACGACCUGACCGCCAUGCAAGCUUACAAGGCGGCGGUGUCUCGGUGGGAACGCGACGCGUGGGGCGCCGCGUGCCGCGCGUACUGCGGGCUGCGCCAGGAGCUGGGCAUCCUGUCGCGGCUGCGGCACGCGCACGUGCUGCCGCUGGUGGCCGUCUGCGCAGCCCCGCUGGCGCUGCUGCUGGCUGUAGCACCGCAGGGGUCGCUGGAGAGCGUCCUGCGCCGCUACAGGGGCUGCGGCGCGCGCGUAGGGCCGCGCACGGCGCGCGCUCUGGCGCUGCAGGUGGCGCGCGCGCUGGAGUACCUGCACGCGCACCGCGUGCUCUACAGAGACUUGAAGUCUGAGAACGUGUUGGUGUGGUCGCUGCCGGCGCCGCAGGAGGCGCUCGCGGUGGAGCACGGCGCGGACGCUAUCGACGUGCACGUCAAGCUCGGCGACUAUGGUAUAUCCCGUUUAGCGCCCCCCUCGGGGACUAAAGGCUUUGGUGGAACGGAGGGCUUCAUGGCACCCGAGAUUAUGAGGUACAACGGAGAGGAGGAGUAUACGGAAAAGGUGGAUUGCUUCUCGUACGGGAUGCUUCUGUACGAGAUAUUUACGCUUCGCCAGCCGUUCGAGGGGCACGAAGCUGUAAAGGAGGCCGUGCUAGAGGGGGCGAGACCUCCCCUGUCGCCCAGGGACCUGCAGUACCCGUGCAGCAUGCUGGAGACGAUGCGGCGCUGCUGGAGCGGCGCGCCGGAGUGGCGGCCGUCCGCCGCGGCGCUGGUGGCGGUCUGCGCCGCGCCCGAGUUCCUCGCGCUGCGCGACGCCGCCGCCGCGCGCCCCGCCCGCGCCGCCGCCCCCGCGCCCGCCCGCCGGCUCGCGGACGAGGGUGCGGACGGGUGGGAGGUCUGGUACGGCGGCGCGGAGCCCGAGCGCGCGCACACUCUGCUAGCGACCCCCACCGCCUUCACGCACCACCACACGCUGCGGGUGCCGCCGGACAACUCGGAGCCCGUGGUGGUGACGGCGAUGUGCCGCGUCGGCGUGAACAUGUGGCUCGCGGACUCUGUCGGCCGGCUCUUUGUCUACUCAAUAUCUACGUGCGCCCUGUCGUGGAGCGUGCGGCUGCACGAGGCGGUGGGCGGCGCGCCGAGCGCGGUGGCCGCCUUGCACCACCUCGCGCCGCUGCCGCGCCUCGCCAUCGCUCUGGCGUGUGGCAGGUUGUUCAUAGUGACGUCAGAGCGACCCGAGGCGGAGGGCUCGUUCGUGCUCACAGAGCUGGGCACGGCCACCGAGCUGUGCUGUCUCGCCAGCGUCGGCGGCGACGACAGGUCAGUCACUGUAGUGUACACUUGCAGGUUGUUCAUAGUGACGUCAGAGCGACCCGAGGCGGAGGGCUCGUUCGUGCUCACAGAGCUGGGCACGGCCACCGAGCUGUGCUGUCUCGCCAGCGUCGGCGGCGACGACAGGUCAGUCACUGUAGUGUACACUUGCAGGUUGUUCAUAGUGACGUCAGAGCGACCCGAGGCGGAGGGCUCGUUCGUGCUCACAGAGCUGGGCACGGCCACCGAGCUGUGCUGUCUCGCCAGCGUCGGCGGCGACGACAGGUCAGUCACUGUAGUGUACACUUGCAGGUUGUUCAUAGUGACGUCAGAGCGACCCGAGGCGGAGGGCUCGUUCGUGCUCACAGAGCUGGGCACGGCCACCGAGCUGUGCUGUCUCGCCAGCGUCGGCGGCGACGACAGGUCAGUCACUGUAGUGUACACUUGCAGGUUGUUCAUAGUGACGUCAGAGCGACCCGAGGCGGAGGGCUCGUUCGUGCUCACAGAGCUGGGCACGGCCACCGAGCUGUGCUGUCUCGCCAGCGUCGGCGGCGACGACAGGUCAGUCACUGUAGUGUACACUUGCAGGUUGUUCAUAGUGACGUCAGAGCGACCCGAGGCGGAGGGCUCGUUCGUGCUCACAGAGCUGGGCACGGCCACCGAGCUGUGCUGUCUCGCCAGCGUCGGCGGCGACGACAGGUCAGUCACUGUAGUGUACACUUGCAGGUUGUUCAUAGUGACGUCAGAGCGACCCGAGGCGGAGGGCUCGUUCGUGCUCACAGAGCUGGGCACGGCCACCGAGCUGUGCUGUCUCGCCAGCGUCGGCGGCGACGACAGGUCAGUCACUGUAGUGUACACUUGCAGGUUGUUCAUAGUGACGUCAGAGCGACCCGAGGCGGAGGGCUCGUUCGUGCUCACAGAGCUGGGCACGGCCACCGAGCUGUGCUGUCUCGCCAGCGUCGGCGGCGACGACAGGUCAGUCACUGUAGUGUACACUUGCAGGUUGUUCAUAGUGACGUCAGAGCGACCCGAGGCGGAGGGCUCGUUCGUGCUCACAGAGCUGGGCACGGCCACCGAGCUGUGCUGUCUCGCCAGCGUCGGCGGCGACGACAGGUCAGUCACUGUAGUGUACACUUGCAGGUUGUUCAUAGUGACGUCAGAGCGACCCGAGGCGGAGGGCUCGUUCGUGCUCACAGAGCUGGGCACGGCCACCGAGCUGUGCUGUCUCGCCAGCGUCGGCGGCGACGACAGGUCAGUCACUGUAGUGUACACUUGCAGGUUGUUCAUAGUGACGUCAGAGCGACCCGAGGCGGAGGGCUCGUUCGUGCUCACAGAGCUGGGCACGGCCACCGAGCUGUGCUGUCUCGCCAGCGUCGGCGGCGACGACAGGUCAGUCACUGUAGUGUACACUUGCAGGUUGUUCAUAGUGACGUCAGAGCGACCCGAGGCGGAGGGCUCGUUCGUGCUCACAGAGCUGGGCACGGCCACCGAGCUGUGCUGUCUCGCCAGCGUCGGCGGCGACGACAGGUCAGUCACUGUAGUGUACACUUGCAGGUUGUUCAUAGUGACGUCAGAGCGACCCGAGGCGGAGGGCUCGUUCGUGCUCACAGAGCUGGGCACGGCCACCGAGCUGUGCUGUCUCGCCAGCGUCGGCGGCGACGACAGUACGGAAGUGUGGGCGGGCGGCGACCGGCUCUACACGUACACGGUGACGGCGGACGGCGUGAGCGCGGCGGAGUCGCUGCCGGCGCCCGCGCCCGGCAAGCUGGCGCUGCUGGCCGCCGCGCGCGGGCCCGUCGUGCUGGGCAGCUGCUCCCCCGGCGUGUUCGUGUACGCGUGGUGCGCGCAGACGCGGCGGGCGAGCGCGCGGCUGGACUGCAGCAAGCUGGCGCCGUGCUCCGAGAGCCUGCAGUCCAUCGCGCUGGACGAGUGCCUCAACGAGGAGCGCUGUCGGACGUGCCGUUGCCAGGUGACGGCGCUGUGCACGCUGGGCGACGAGGUGUACGUCGGCACCGCGUGGGGCUGCGUCGUGGUCGCGCACGCCGCCUCGCUGCGCCCGCUCACCGUGUUCCGGCCCUACGAGGAGGAGGUGCGAGCGAUAGUGCCGCUGCUGCCGCACGGCGCCGCCCGCGACGCGCUGCUGGCGACGUUCGGCGCCGGGUACAGGCCGCUCGUGCAGCGAUACGCACCCGCACAGUCGAAUAACACAACAACGCACACCGGUUUCUACUGUUUGCUGUGGCGCGCUCAGCACUGGCUGCCCGACUAGUGGCCAUAAGCAGAUCAUUUGGGUUCCAACCAAUAGGAUGCGGCGACGCAGACAAGUCAACCAAUGGCGAGCUACGAUUUAAUAAACUAGCGCUGUGAUUGGUGGAUUGCUAGAUGCCUCUUGAUAUAGAUUUGUCAUGGUUUUGAUAAUAGCUAUAUAUGAUCAUUUAUUUAUGGAAAAGCAACUGUUUACUUGAUUUUGUUAACAUUGAUUUUGCGAACAUGGUCGCAUACAGAACAAUUGGGUUGUGGCCAAUAGGAUGCGGGGACGCAGACAAGUCAACCAAUGGCGAGCUACGAUUUAAUAAACUAGCGCUGUGAUUGGUGGAUUGCUAGAUGCCUCUUGAUAUAGAUUUGUCAUGGUUUUGAUAAUAGCUAUAUAUGAUCAUUUAUUUAUGGAAAAGCAACUGUUUACUUGAUUUUGUUAACAUUGAUUUUGCGAACAUGGUCGCAUACAGAACAAUUGGGUUGUGGCCAAUAGGAUGCGAGGACGCAGACAAAUCAACCAAUGGCGAGCUACGAUUUAAUAAAUUAGCGCUGUGAUUGGUGGAUUGCUAGAUGUCUCUUGAUAUAGAUUUGUCAAGGUUUUGAUAAUAGCAAUAUGUGAUCAUUUAUUUAUGGAAAAUCAAGUGAUUGAUUUUGUUAACAUUGAUUUUGCGAACAUGCUCAUCACACAAAUAUUUUCCAGUCGUGGGAAUCGAACCCACGGCCGUGGAUGCAGAAAGCAGGGUCACUAGCCACUGCGCCACGCGGCCAUCUAUGAUAUAGUUUUACGUCGUCGUGAUUUUGAUGCAGCUUUUUUUUAAAUAGAAUUUGUGAGAAACUUGAAAUGUGAGAAAGAAACGCAGACAGCUAAGUUUUUGUAUAUAAGAAAUACAUAUAUAUUAGAAAUACUUAAACUAAAAUUAAGUAAUUAACUGAUAAGUAUAUAAUAUAAGUGAUAUUAAUAAAAUGUAAUGGAAUUAAAUUUGUAGUGAUAGAAGCGAAUUAUUUUAGUUCUAAAUCGGCGCCAAAAAAUUUGUAAUCUCAAAUGUGGCGUGCUAAAAUUAUAAUUGUGGAAAAUCGCGACGGCCUUCGCAGCGCAGUGGUAUGGUAUGUGGAUUUACAAGACGGAAGUCCUGGGUUGAACCCCGGCUGGGGAUUGAGGUUUUUGUUAAUUUGGUUCAGGUCUGGCUGGGAGGCUUCGACUGUGGCUAGUUACCACCCUAGCGGCUAAGGUGGGUACGAUGUCGUGUAGAAACCGAAAUGGGUGUUGUUUUUCAUCCUCCUCCUAAUAAGUUAGUCUGCUUCCAUCUUAGAUUGCAUCAUCACUUACCAUCAGGUGAGAUUGUAGUCAAGGGCUAACAUGUAAAGAAUAAAAAAAAGUCCACGAUUAUAAUUUUGACAUGCCAAUCUUGUUUUUAAUGCACCUCUAAGGCCUAGUUAUGACUGUCACAAAAUAUAUUGCAUUUAAAAUGCUAAGGUACUUAUAAGGUAAUAAUGAGUAGACUAUAGUAUAACAAAUUCGUUGAUGUCACUCCCGUGAUAUGCGGGUGACGGGGGGAAAUACUGAGCGGGUGUGAAAUCGUGCGCGCGAGGAAGUUUUUCGUUCAUCGCUACACGCCCCCCCGCCCGCGCGCAACAUCGAGAGUGUGAUGAAUGAAGUUGUCAAGCUAUAAGACUUUUCAAAACUAAAGUAAGGAGCCAAAAAUAUUCAAAUUAGUCUCGAGAUCGAUUAUGAUAAAAAAAAAAUAGAAUACAUUAGAUUUCUUAAUAAUCUUUAGCAGAGAUAUGUUUAUAAUUAUCAUCUAUCAAGUGGUUGCUAAGCAACGAUGUUUUUGGUAAACGGGUUUCGAUGUCACACACCUCUCUUUCUCUCUUAAUGAUAAACUAAAGUCCGGCCGCACAGUGAUUGCGUUUCUGACACCUGUCGAUGUCAAAUGUCAAAAUUGUUAAUAGUUUAAGCCCAAAAUUAAUAUGUUUAUUGUAAGCUUGCAUAAUUAUUUAAUUUUUAACUGACUUCAAAAAGAGGACUUUCUCAAUUUGAGGCGUAUGUUAUUUUUUUUUGAUAUUUAUUACCUCAUACCUUCGUCAUUUAUUAACCAAUUUUGAAAAUUCUUUUUUUAAUUUGAAAUAUUGAGUAUACUUCUAGAUUGGUCCCAUUGUAAAUUGGUUUUGUAGUUUUGUGUUAAUCAAAAUAACUGGUAUACGUUUUUGAAGUCGGUUCCAUUUUUAUGUCUAAGAGAUUUAUUAUUAAUGUUGUUACUGGUUAUUACAGUUAAUAAAAGACAUUUGAAACUUUGCCGGAAUUGUUCGGCAAUUCAAAGCUACAUCGCCCAUUCUAUUGCGACCUGUUAGAAACGCAGUUUCUGAGCGGCCGGACUCUAACAACGGGUUUCUUAUGUGCUGACGUUCUAGCUUACACACUUAAACGUUUACUACUAUAUAAGCCAACAUUCAGCUACUCAUUAGCUAAGAAAACUAUUAAUUAUAUCUGGAGUUUCUAAAGUUUGAAGUGAUAUUUAAUUAUUUAAGAUUAAAUUUAGAUUUUGUAGCGUUACCAUUUUAAUAUGAAAGUGGCUAUUUUUGAUUCGGCAUGCCAUAGUUAUAGUGUGGCAUGCCAUAGUUAUAGCGUGGCAUGCCAUAGUAAUAGUGUGGCAUGUCAUAGUUUUAGCGUGGCAUGCCAUAGUUAUAGCGUGGCAUGCCAUUGUUAUAGUGUGGCAUGCCAUAGUUAUAGCGUGGCAUGCCGUAGUAACAGUGUGGCAUGCCAUAGUAAUAGUGUGGCAUGCCAUAGUUAUAGCGUGGCAUGCCAUUGUAUUAGUGUGGCAUACCAUAGUUAUAGUGUGGCAUGCCAUAGUAAUGGUGUGGCAUGCCAUAGUUAUAGCGUGGCAUGCCAUAGUUAUAGCGUGGCAUGCCAUAGUUAUAGCGUGGCAUGCCAUAGUUAUAGCGUGGCAUGGCAUACUAAUACUAUAAUGAUGGCAUGGCAAUUAUGUUUCCGAUUGUGACUCCAUACACAAGAAAAUAGUAAUGCGUUUUAUGAUUAAAUUCUGUGAUAUUUUUUGCGUUGUGUUAUGUGUCGUAUUUUAGAUUAAACAAUAUUAUGGUAGCUAGUAAUUUAACUGGUGGUCGUGCAGAUUACAUAUGUAAUUCAUCAUGAUGUGCGGAGCUCCUGUGACAAAAUUAUUAGUGACUGAUGCUUGUGUAACACUAAAUAGGUAUCUCAAACGUAAAUAAUAAAGUACCUAGAAGGCCUACUUACCAAAGGCUAACCAUUUUUCAGAUAUUUUAUAUUUAGUAUGGGUGGAUUACAUAUGUAAUCCGCGCGACCACUGCAGGGUAAAGAACCGUGAAUGUGUCGAAGGCCUAUACUUUAUAUGCUUAAAUUGUUAUGCAAGAGUGGUAUGCUAAAAUUAUAGUAUGUCAAAACAAUCAUAAACAAAAGGCCUAUAACUCCAAUAUGCCAAAAAUGUGCUGCUUGCUAAAAAUACAACAUGCCACAGGUUUAAUUUCAUAAAUGCCACUUUGACAUGGCAAAAUCGGCAAAAAAAUAUUAGUAUUUGGUAAGCAAUUUUGGUUUUAUAGCGCAACUGAUGGAAAAUAAUUUAUUUUUAUAUAAAAGAAAAUGUAGAUUUUCGCGUAAUAUAGCAAAAUGAAUUUAUUAUUGUUACACAGUCAGUGAACAAUUAUUGUAAAGUAUCGCCAGCUUAUAUUCAAUAUUUAAUGCAGCAGUUUAUAUAUUGGGUGUCACAAAUGAUUUUUUUAAACCAAAGAAGUAGGUACUAUAAAGAAAUAAAUGAAUUUAGAAUGAC